CUCACAUUAUCUGCCUCAUCCUGAGACACUUGGCAAGAGCAGCUACUUGUCUGCAAGCAAGGAGCUGCUGAGACUGGACUGAAAACAGUCAUACCCAAUGAAUGAACUUUUGAUCAUGAUUAUGACUGCAGUGCUUCAUAUGAAGAUCAACUAAGCUCCGAAUAUGGACAAGAAGUUGGACCUGUCCAGACUAACAGAAGAGGAGGCCAAACAUGUGUGGGAGGUCAUUCAAAGAGAUUUUGACCUCAGGAAGAAGGAAGAGGAGAGGCUUGGUGAGAUUAAAUCCAAGAUCGAGAAGGAAGAAACAAAGAGGGAACUCCUGGGCUCUCAGUCAAACUUGACUGACUCUCACUGUAUCCGCUGCCUGCAGCCAUUUAAGUUCCUGGUGAACAGCAAACGGCAGUGUAUGGACUGUAAACUCUACACCUGCAAGAGCUGUAGCCGCUACAACAAGAAGGAGCAUGGCUGGGUAUGCGACCCCUGCCGCAUGUCCAGGGUCCUGAAAAUUGGAACCUUGGGGUGGUACCAUGACAAUAUACACUCUCGCUUCAAGCGUUUUGGCAGCGCAAAAGUGAUGAGGUCACUGUACAAGAGAUUAAAUGAAGAGGGGCACCGUGAUGAUGACACACAGAGCAUGCCUGAUGUGCGCAAUGUGUAUAAUGGUCAUGAUGAACAUUUGGAUGCAUCUGAAGCUCAACGUUAUAAGCAGAUGCGAAAGACCAAGCGUCUUCUCUCUGUCCACCCCAUGGAUCUUGACAUGGACGACUAUGCCACUCACUCUCGCAGACAGUCUGUCCAGUACAUGCAUGAAGACAGAGGUCAGCGGAAUGAUGUAGAAUACAACUCUGACAUGUACCAUCACCAUCAUCAUCAUCGCAUGAACCGCAGGAAAAGUCUUGACAAGUUCUCGCGCCCAGAUGAAGGCAUGCACUCUGAACACAGAAUGGUACGCGCUCGCUCGCUCUCUAAAAUCAACUCCUCUGUGGCUCCACGCCAGAUUUACCUGGAUACUUCAGAAGAGGACGAUAUGUUCCGAUACCCUGUCUACCAGCUGCCCCCACGACGCCGCAGUCGAGCAUCAUCUCAGGAAAACAUUCAUCAGAGCGCACCACCGAUCAAUGAACUGAACAAGAGAAUGUAUGCCAUUGAGAGUCUCUUAAAUCGACUGGAAGAGAAAAUUACUUUGCCUCCUGAUCAGCCUGUCCAGCCCACAGCAGGGCAGAUGGAGGAGGAGAAGCUGAGGAGAAAACUAGAUGAGCUGAUGAGUGACAAGGCGCUGUCCUCUGACGAGGAUGAGCCGAAAAAACCUUCUCAUUCUAAAGGGUCCGCUGUGAGGGGGGACCAUGCACCAAUGGCCACUACAUGCCAAGAACCCCUGAGCUCCUCCAGUGAUGAAAUUCCCACUGAAGCACAAAAGAGAUCCACCGCGGCGGCCCUAUGCGACAUCACAACUGAGAUUCUAAGAACAAUUAAUGCCACUGAAAACGCUAUGAACGAGUUGGCCCCCUCAAAUCCUAAUGACAGACCUCAGUUAGCGGGCACAGAUCUUAAGCAGGCUGAUGAUGCUUUCAGGGAACUUGAGGAAAAUGUGUACAUGACUGCAGGGAAGUCCUUCGAAAUGGCAAAAAAGUUGCAAAUGAUUGAGCAGAAUGCUAAGAAUCACUACAGCGGCCCGUUAACUGAUUCAGAGCUCUCUGAACUGGAGGACCAGGUUGCUUUGGCAGCUGCUAAGGUUCAGAGCACAGAAAGUGAGGUUUCAGACAUUGAGAGCAAGAUUUCUGCUCUAAGUGCUAAAGGAUUAUCAUUUGAUAAAGCCAAGAAAAAGGCACUGAGUAUACAACAAAAAAGGAAGUUUUCCCAAGACAGAGUACACUUUUAAGUGUAUACAGGACAUCACGUUAACUUCUUUAGCAUAGUCUUACAUAUUCCCUAUAUCAAUAUUUCUGUGCCUAUAUUACUUGACAGUGUGCUUCAUAUGUACAAGGUUUUUGACACUGAUCUUGACUUAGCACCAGUAAACUCAUUGUGUCUUGUGUAAAUUGUCUUAAUCAAAUCCCAACCUAAAUAAAAUUAUUAAUAGUUAAAAUAAUGAAACAAUACAGACAGAUGAUGUCAAACAAUA